AUGGAGCCGAUCACAAACAUCACCAACGGCACCAAUGGUGCGGGCCCUUCCCGCAAGAUCGUGGUCGCCGGUGCACAACUUGGGCCGAUAGACGUGCCUACUGCGCGAUCUGAAGUCAUUGCUCGCAUUUUCAAGCUCAUGGACGAAGCGAAGACGAAAGGCGUCAAGCUAUUUGUGCUGCCAGAGAUCGCAUUGGUCACCUUUUUUCCCCGUCAUCUUAUCACUAACCCUGAGGAAUUGGAGAAGUAUUUUGAGCGCGAGGUAGACGGCGAUCCAGCCAAGGCACAUAACAUGAAGCCCGUCUUUGAUAAAGCUCGGGAGUAUGGCAUGGAUUUGAGCAUCGGCUACGCCGAAUGUGCUGAUGCCUCUGGCGACAAGCACGAGCACUACAACACCAACGUUUACUACUCGGCCGCUGCGGACAAGGUCAUUGCCAAGUACCGCAAAGUCCACUUACCCGGGACCGUUGAGCCAUAUGAAAGACCCGAUGCGACCAACCAGCUGGAGAAGAGGUACUUCAAGCCCGGAAACCUGGGGUUCAAGGCGUUUAGAGCACCGGGACUCGUUGAGAGUCCGCUCACCAAAGCCUCGGGAAAGGCUGCCAAUGACAAGGAAACACUGGGACGGGGAGAUCCGAUCAUGGGAAUGAUGAUUUGCAAUGACCGUCGAUGGCCUGAAGCAUGGCGACCAUAUGGUCUGCAAGGUGUCGAGAUGGUGCUCUGUGGAUACAACACCACCGGCUGGGCGCCGGAGCUCUUGGGCACCAACCCCAAGAUCAAGACCAAAGAAAUGGCGAAGAACGAAGCGCUGUUCCACAACAAACUAUCCGUUCAGCAUGGAAGCUACUCCAACGCAUGCUGGAGCAUCAAUGUCGCCAAGUGUGGCAUGGAGGAUGGGAAGUAUCCGCUCAUUGGCGGCAGCUGCAUUGUGGACCCCGACGGCGAAGUGGUGAUUGAGGCGAAGACCGAGGGCGACGAGCUUCUGGUAUGGGAGUGCGACUUGGAUUUCUGCAAACGGGGUAAAGGAAAGGUGUUUGCGUUUGAGAGGCACCGCCGACCUGAACACUAUGGCAUUAUGGUAGAACAGACGGGAGUGAAGGAGCCAGACUUUCUGUAG